UUCCGGUAUUUGACCAUGGUGACCUUCCGAAGAAAACGACUACCUGAGACAGUGAAAAAGCACUCCAGUCUCUGCCUUCCACAAGAGAAAGCAACUGAAUUACGAACAAGAAACAUGCCAACCAGUCACAGCUUCAACAACAGGUCCUCUCUUUUCUCAAAGAUAAGGAGUCAAGGCCAGCCACACAAUCCUCACUUGAACAAAAGAGAGGAUUUACCUAAAAUGUGGUUGCCAGCAGGCAACACGGACAAUCACUGCCCUGUCUGUUUACAGAUUGCCAUCUAUCCUGUAGAGACCAACUGUGGGCAUCUAUUCUGUGCACCAUGUCUGAUAUCUUACUGGAAACAUUGCUCCUGGUUAGAUGCCAUCAGCUGUCCUUUGUGCAGACAGACGGUAAAUAAGAUGUGCCAUCUCUUCAGAGAGACCAGAACUGACUGUAAAGAGACAGAAGUGCUCAAACAUGUCAGAGAAUAUAACAAGCGCUACUCCGGAGCACCAAGACAGGUAAAGGAUUACCUGUGUGAUACACCCCUGUUCCUGCUCUUUCUGGGGCGAUGGCUGGGAAACAUGGGUGGCCUGGUGUGUCUGUUUCUUUUGAGGGUGGCAGUCUGUGGAUUUGGCGCUGCCAUGUCUUUGGCCUCCCCACCGGAGACUCUUCCUGGACCACUGAGCAGUGUGCUGAGCACGCUGGAUGAUUUUGUAGUGGUCUUCCUUCUUCUCAUUUGCAUUAUCAACAUCAACCAGCAGAUGGGGCAGCAGAGGACAAGAACACACUCCGUCACACAGGGUGUGCUGACCGACACAUUGUAGAGGACAGUGAUGAUGUGCUUACUAGCAUGUUGAAAUCACACCUAUCAACCUUGUUGGCAAAGGUUAACAGUGUUAUGGAUUGCUGCACUUUGAUUUUAUUGAACAUGGAUUUUCAAUGAUGGUGUCUAGAAUAGACAUACAGCACUAAAUGAGAGGAGUUCUUAUGUUUUAAAAACAGAAAUUAAAGGUGUUUUAUUAAAGACAGAUUGUAUAUAAUAAAUGUAAAGCGGUUUUGUAAAUACUGUAUGCAAGUUUCCAAUAAAUAUUUAUAUGUAUAUAUAUAUAUACACA